UCUCUACUUCCUAUCACCUUCAUAUCAUCCCUGCUAAAACUGAUGUGGCUUUUCCAUCCCAUGAGGCUGUCUUGUCCCUCUCUUGACACCAGGAAGAACAAGUUCCUACCUUGCCAAGUACCAUCUGCUCUCAGCCCUCUGUACUUGCUGUUCCCUCUGCCUAGAACACUCUUCUCCAUAUCUUCCCCUGGAUAUCAUCGUCCACUUAUCCAACCUUAAAAGUCCCUCCUCCUAUAGCUUUGCCUGGACGUCUGUGCAGGACGCUGCCCCUAGGGGCUGCGUUGUUGUUCUUUACACAGUCACCGUCCAAUAUCACUCAUUCAGUUGCAGGUUUGUUUGUUGCCUCACAGGUAAGAGGUGAGCUCCCCAGAGCAAGGUCCUCCUACGAUGUGUUCCUACUACUGAAUCUGUGGCACAGAGCACAGGGCCCCGUCAUAGGAGAAGCUCAUGGUUAUUGUUGAACAAUGGAUGGGUGGAUGGAUGCAUGGAUGAAACCUCCCAUUUGUUCAUGAUUACCAUGAUUUAAGUCCUGUGAUGGCUCUUUAUAUAGAGAGUCUGUCUUCCGUAUAAAAACAGGCAUGGUAUCAUUUGUGGCCAUUUUAGAAAUGAGGAAAAGGAAGCUUGGAGUGACCACUGCUUUAACUUGCCCAAGGACACUUCAUGAUUAGGUGUUGCAUCCAAGAUUCAACCCUACACCUGCAUGAGCCCAGAUCUCAUCACCCUCCACCAUUCAGCACUGCCUCCCCUAAGCAAUCAGUUAUUCUACUUCUUCACAUCAUUACAUCAUCCUGUGAAUCAGUGGAAGAAAAACCUUAAAAAGCUAACAAAAAUUAAAAGAAAAUUAAAUCAUUGAUUUACAGUCGAUGAAUGUAAGAAAUUAACUAAGUGAGAUAUUCUUCGUAAAAACAGCCUUCAGAGAGGUGAGACGUUUGCCAAACUUCAAACACCUGAGUGAAAAAGUGUCUGUGGACGAGGGAAGUCUGCCUCCUGGAGGAGGUAUGUGGUAUUGCAUCAAGCCCAGGUGUUUGGUAAACCGGCAGGAACAAACUCACAGGAUAUGAGGCUUUUUGUGCCUUGAAGAAGAAGGAGAAAUGCAAGAGAAGGUAGUGGAAGAAGAAGAGGAGGAGGAGAAGGAGAGAAUGAUGAGCACAAUAAUAAUUAAAAACACCCGGAUGACAACACAGGGUCACAAUGGUGUAAUUUGCUUUUUUAUUUAGAAACGACUUUUACAUUAAUUUUACCUAAAGUUUUGUAUUGUUAUUGCACUUCUCAAGUUGUUUGGGGUCUAGAAAGCGCCACCACCUUGGUUUCUACAGAAAGCACAGGCUGGCUGGGUUCUGGUUGAUUCUCACUGUCGUUUCCAGGCCCAAUGCCAAGUUUAUCAUCUGACACAUUUCCUCAUUUAUGGGAGGGAUUAAAGUGGUGACCAGGAGAAUAAAAGGAGGAGUUCUGGGUGCUCCCCACCAGAGUGAUUCCCUUCAUCCCUGCCACAUCAGAGACCAGCCAACAACAGCUGCUUCCAUCAUGAAGCUGGUGACGGUCCUCAUGCUGGUGGCCCUCCCACUUUACUGCUAUGCAGGGUCUGGCUGCCAACUUCUUGAGGAUGUGGUUGAAAAGACGCUUGAUCCUGAACUGUCCACGACUGAAUAUGUAGAAGCUCUUCAAGAGUUCAUAUCGGAUGAUGCCGCUAGGGAGGUCGCAGCACAAUUUAAACAAUGUUUUCUCAUCCAGUCAAAUGAAACUCUGAGCAAUUUUGGAAAGAUGAUGGAAACAAUGUACAAUAGCCUAUAUUGUGCUCUCUUUUGACUUUCCACAAGACCUUUGGCUGAGAGGACUAUAGAGAAUGAUCAGAAACCAACUGUCAACUGCUAUAAACCACAAUUUUACUUCCUUUUUUGCUUGUGAUCUACUACUGCAAGACAAUUGUUGAAACCUCAUUUGCAUUUUCAUUUCAAUAAAGUAUCUGCAAACACAGGUUCUUUUUUUCUUAUCUGAUUAAAAGGGAGGCUUUAGAGACCCUCGUAGAUCACAUAUGAGUGUGCGCGCCCAUGCACAGACACACACACUCACACAUAUUCAUUAAGAUCUCCCAGGUGAGGGAUUGGAGAAUCUGAAAAGCUUGUGUUCCUUCCCAUAAUGAGCCCAAGCUUGAUUGUCUCUCUGGAAAAGUGACUUUGCCCCUUAUCACCCCAUCCCCCCCAGGACUCUCUCUGACAUCCUCAGGCACUGAGAUUCUGCUGGUUGGGGCGUGAUCAGGUUCCUGACGCACUGCAGGCUUCAUCUCCACACUGAGGCCUGCACUGCACAAUGAGGGUCCUCUUUGGCUCUCUCUGUCCCUGACCAAGGUGUGCAGGGGUGGGAACAGAGCCAGCCAGGAAGGUGACUCAUGCAAAGCAGGGGUGAAUACUGUAUUGAUUUUAAAAUUUAUACAUCACAUUAUUUUUAUUUUUAAAAAUAUU